AUGUUCAAGAAAGAUAUCCCGUCGACCAACCGCUCGAAGGUCAAGUCUUCAGUGCAGCGUGGCUUGCGCCAAAAGCUGUUGGAGACCUACCCCGGUUUUGAGCCAUACAUUGAAGAAAUCCUGCCCAAGAAGGCAUCUCUAGAGGCCGUCAAGCUUCCCGACCGCGUUACUCUCUACACAAUAGACUCAACCCCUCUCUUCUUCCAACCCUUCGACGGGCCCCCAAUCCCCCACCUCAAGCUCGUCCACGCCUUCCCCUCCGCCCUCCCAACCAUCCAAAUCGACCGCGGUGCCAUUCGCUUCGUGCUCUCCGGUGCCGCACUCAUGGCUCCGGGACUGACAUCGCCCGGUGGCUCGUUGCCGGACGCUGCGAACGCGCUCGAGGCUGGUUCUAUCGUUGCUGUGAAGGCCGAGGGCAAGGAGGAGGUUUGUCUUGUUGGUGCGCUGAAGAUGGGUACCGAGGAGAUGAAGUCCAAGGGCAAGGGAGUUGUUAUGGAUGAGGGUCAUUACUUGGGUGAUGGACUGUGGAAACUGCAGUUGGAUUAG